AAUAAAACGAAACCAAAAGUAGUUGAGGCAAUUUUUGGAACACUAAUAUUAACUCUGGAACUUUUUAAGAUCCUAUAAAUAACACGAUAAAAAUAUGAGCAGGUCAUUCACGGUAAAACCAUCCGUAGCCCAAAGCCAAGGGAGGGGAAGAGGAAAUACGGCCCCACCAACACAACAACAGGUACGAGGCAGAGCAAGAGGUGGUGCCACGGUCAGAUCACAAACGGACAGACUGGCAACGAGACACACACAGACAGGUAUGAACCAAGAGCAGGGACAGCUGGAAGAUGGGGCCACAGGUCGACAGCCCGGGACAGAGCCCGCGGGCCUGGGCCAAAGGAUGAGUCACCAGGGGGCUUUCACUAUGAUCACACCAAAUGAAAGGAGAAGACAAGAGAUUUCAGAACAAGCUAGGCGGGAAGAAGAGAACUACCAAAGACACAAGGAAAACAACAGACUUGGCUAUGUAAACUACGUAGGAACAGCUGGAGGGGGGCAGAAAACUCAGACUGAGGCUCGAAAUGAACAGGCUCGAACUCACCAGUCCUCAAAGUAUGAAAGUAUACAGAAGAGGCAAGCGGCUAGAGAGGCACCAAAGAAAAGGGAAGAAGAGGAGAUUUUAAAGAAAAAGAUGGAGCAGCGGCGGAAAUCCGAGCAAAACAAGCAGUUAGAGGCUGAAAGACAGAGGAAGCUACAAGAGGAUCAUCGCUCCAAAAAUGAAGCUUUUCUUAGGAGAAUUGAAAAUGAGCAAAAAUUAAAAACCAGAUCUAAGCACCCACCUGCAGUCAGCAAUCCUGUCACACAAUCAGACAGAAAUGAAGCAGCAUCCUUCUCUCUGGACCUUGGAGAUCCUUUGAGUGAGCUUCAGCGAAUGUUUCCGAUGUAUGAUCAGGACUCUCUAAGGGACAUUCUGACACAGACUGGCUCUGUGGAGGCUGCUAUUGGUAUACUGUCCCUAGACUGAUAGACACUCAACACUUAUAAUGGUCUUGAGAGUCUGUCCUGCACCCAAAAUAUUUGGUAUUUAAGAUGUUUUAGUAUUUGCCCUAGUUAGUAACCUUGCACCUUGGCUGAUUUCAAUUAUGUUGAUGGAUGUAUGAAGGAAAUUGUUUCCUUUUUUAGUAUUUUUUUUUUUCGCAUAAAAGUGAAAUCUUCCUUAUAUUAAUAAGUACUGAAGUACUUUUUAUAAUUUGUGAUGGUAUGGUUUAUAAAUUGAUCUGAACAAUGUUCAGGUUUAAAUAGAUUGUGUGAGGUUCGGAACUGAUCGUGUUCAUCAGGCAUGUAGCAUAGGGGGGUGCCCCCAACUUUUUUUUUGCAGCAGACAUUUCCAUAUUAAAUAUAAACUUGAAUUAUAAAGGAGUCAGGGCCCCCACACAUUUUUGGGGAGCAUAUAAGAGAUGGAAGAGAAAACAAGGAAAUUAAAAAUUGAAGGUAAAGGAGCUACAUGUAUGCACCUGUCUCCCCACCCCCUUUAAAAAAAAUAUUAAUGCUAUGUGCCUGAACUUAUUUGAUGAACAUUUCCAUGAUUACAUGGAUCACUAAGAUUUUACCUGAUGACAAAAUCUAAAAGUAGAAUUAAUUUGGUUAAGGAAACUGAGUUUUAAAAUUGCAACUUUUUCACAUUAAUAUGGUGAAAUGGAUAUAAUGCCUAUGUAAUUCAUGUUCUUGAUUAUAUAUUAUAAUUAAUUGAAACGAAGUAUGUAUACCAGUAUGUCAUGUAUAUAGGGAAAUGUGUAUAGACUCCAAUGCAUGUUUUUUUUUAUUCAUUCUAUUUACUAUGCCACUUCAUCUGUGACAUGGUUGAACUGCAAGAAACAGAAAAUUAGAUGGAUUAAGAGACAAAAUAUUCUUUUGGUCAUCCUUCCUGGAUUGUACACUUGUAUAUUGUAUAAACUUACCACAUACAUGUACUACUGGCACUUGUUCGUGUGAUGAGAUUCACCGGUAGUAUAAUGAUAAUUAACAUUUAUUCCUGUGCAGAAACAUGCGCCUGUGACAUACCAGUAAUGGUACAUAUUUGUUUGUUUUACUGUUAUAAAGAUUGUGUUCAUUUGUUUUUUUGUUUUGUUAAAAAUAUUUUUAAGAAAUUCAAAUAAUUUUAGGUCUAUAUCUCAUGUGUAUAUAAUAAUACAAGCCUCAGAAGUCUCAUUGUUAACAUUAUGACCCUGUUAGCAUUAGGGACCAAUGAAGCAUUCAUCAAUUUGUGCCGAAAUCUGUGAUACCUUACAUUUAUUUUUAUGCUUAUCAUCAUAAUACUUUUAAAGUACAUUUAGUUGGUUAUAUAUAAUAAAAGAAUUUAAAAAUCAAAA